AGGAGGUUAAAUAUAAUCAGCAGUGCAUCCAUUCCUGUUAUCAUAAAGACCUUUCUACACCUGAAGCAGAAGGACAGCGCAGAGCACGACCGCAGAAUGACAGCUAUGAGGCUUCUCUGUCUGCUCCAGCUGGCAUGCUUGGCUGUGUGUAGUGCUUCCAGAUCCAGAGACUGGGCUCAUCAUGGUGCCCCCAUGUUUGCUGACCUCUCUGUACGAGAGAUGAAGGCCGUCCGGGCCUAUCUUCACAGUAUUCCAGAAAUGGAACUCACCAAAGCUCGUAGCAAGACUCUCAAGAAGAACAGCAUCCUGCUGAUGGAGCUUCAUCUGCCAAAGAAGCAUGAAGCCCUGAGAGCUCUCGACCGCGGGCAUGCCAGGCCCCCACGCCAAGCUCGUGUUAUCAUCCAGUUUGGUAACCAGACCAAGCCCAACAUUACAGAGUAUAUUGUGAGUCCCUUACCAUCCCCAAAGACUCAUGAAGUGAAGACAUUCAAGGGGGAGAGGCUUAUCCAGUUUGACUCAAGGCCUAUUACUCUCGCAGAGUAUGACCACGUUAUUGACAUCCUUCAGAAGAUUACAACUAAAGCUCACAAGCUUCUGUUUGAGACAACAGGAGGGUUCUCGUUCACCAAUUGUUCUAAUCGCUGCCUGACCUUCUCAGACAUAGCCCCCCGAGGCCUGGGUCCAGGCGAGAGGAGAACAUGGAUCGUGUUGCAAAAGUUUGUGGAGGGAUAUUUCAUCCAUCCGGUUGGAUUUGAGGUACUGAUCAACCACCGGGACCUGGAUCCAGAUAACUGGACUGUUGAGAAGGUUUGGUACAACAGCAUGUAUUUUGACAGUGUUGAGGAACUGGUAGAAAAGUAUGAAUCAGGAAAGGUGGAAAAAGUCAAACUGCCAGAUCAUGAUGACAAUGACCUAUACUCCACCUACAUCCCUCGGGGUCAUACCCACACUCCCACUAACAUCCAUGGGCCAAAGCUUGUGGAGCCCCAGGGGCCUCGCUAUGACGUUGACCGCAACUUUGUUGAAUAUGCUGGGUGGUCUUUUGCCUACCGUGUCCGCUCAUCAGCUGGGCUUCAAGUCUUUGACCUACGUUUUAACGGAGAAAGAAUUGCAUAUGAGAUCAGCCUCCAGGAAGCUAUUGCUUUCUAUGCAGGUGAUACCCCUGCUGCUAUGCAAACAAAGUACAUCGAUGCAGGCUGGGCAAUGGGCACCUCUAGCUUUGAGCUGGCACCUGGAAUUGACUGCCCUGAAAUUGCCACCUUUGUUGACCUAUACCACUUCUAUGACACAGACAAACCAAUGCGCCACAAAAAUGCUCUCUGUAUUUUCGAGAUGACCACCGCCAUGCCGCUGAGAAGGCAUUUCAAUUCCAACUUUCAAGGGGGAUACAACUUCUAUGCAGGUCUGGAAAACACUGUGCUGGUGUUGCGAACAACCUCAACAGUUUACAACUACGAUUACAUCUGGGACUUCCUGUUCUACCAGAAUGGGGUGGUGGAGGUGAAGGUGAGCGCUACUGGAUAUAUUCACGCUACUUUCUUUACGCCUAAUGGUCUCCACUAUGGCACGAGGGUGUACAACUAUGUGCUGGGUAACCUGCACACACACCUGAUCCAUUACAAAGUGGACCUGGAUAUUGCCGGUCGUGGGAACAGCUUUGAGACGAUGGAUCUGAAAUAUGUAAACUUCACAAAUCCAUGGAGUCCGAAGAAUUUUGUUGUCCAAUCCAAGCUCACCAGGACAGAACACAAGACCGAGCGAAGUGCUGCCUUCCGCUUCGGCAAAAAAUUUCCUCGCUAUGUCAAUUUUUUCAACCCCAAUGAGAAGAAUAAAUGGGGGAGCCAGAAGGGUUAUCGCAUUCAGUUUAACUCGCAUGCCCACAGUGUCCUUCCAAGAGGCUGGAGAGAAGAAAAUGGCAUCAGUUGGUCAAGGUACCCUCUGGCAGUGACUCGCCAUAAAGACAGCGAAGCCACCAGCAGCACCAUAUACGCCCAAAACAACCCCUGGGAACCUGUUGUGUCCUUUGAGGACUACAUCCGCAACAACGAGGACAUCGUCAACCAGGACCUGGUAGCCUGGGUGACAGUGGGUUUCCUGCAUGUACCUCAUUCAGAAGACAUCCCCAACACAGCAACACCUGGCAACGCAGUUGGCUUCUUUCUACGUCCAUUCAACUUCUUCGAUGAAGACCCUUCUCUGGCAUCCAGAAGCACCGUCAUAGUCCGGCCGGGCCAGGACGGCAAGCCUGUGGUCCAGAGAUGGACACCAGAGGUCAUAGGUCACUGUGUGACAGACAAGCCAUUCUUUUAUAACGGCAGUUAUCUGGGAGUUUAGAAGUGUUUCAGUAUUUUGUGUGCGUUUUUUUGCUGUAAUACAAUCAAAUGUACCAUGGAGAUCUUAGAUAUUAACCACAAAAACUUCACGUAAACAGAAUGACUCAAAACACUGCAAUGUUUUUUCUUUCUUUUUUUAAAAAAAUAUAUAUAUACCUCGUUAAGUUCAUGUGAUGAAAUAAAAAUAGAGGAACAUUUUAAAAAAGGGAAACGUUGACACUGAGGACAUUUAUUAUCAUUUAUGAUGACAUCAUUAUUUAUGAUCUCUAUAAAAAUUUAAAAAAUAUAUGUUUUUUUUACACAAAGUACCUAUAUCCUAAAACCAAUUUUCCAUGCAUGUCUGACUUAUUCUCUGUUUCUUUCCUGUUGUGCAAAAUGAGAAAAAAAAAAAAAAAAAGAUGUUGAAGUAUUUGCAGCAAACCAACUCAAGCCAGAUGGGGCAAGAUGAGGCCUUGAGUGAGCUUUUAAUCCCAUGUUGGGUCUCCAUGGAUGAGGUUUAACUGCAGCGAGCAUCCAGGAUGCAGGAUGCUCUGUAUCCGCCCUGCCUGGUUUAAACUGCUGCCCCUCUGCGUGCACCGCUUGCCCCCAUGGCGGGAAUGUUUUUGCUGUGGAGACAGCAGGUCUUAAAACGCAAACAGCCCGAUUCCGGAUCCUUCCCACCAAACACUUUAGGACACCACAUGGCUGUGCCGUUGCCCCUGGAAACCUAUCUUUACGUACAACGAACUGAGAACCAACAACUCAUGUCUUUUAUGUAUGCAUUCCUAACGUAACAUCGUCACGUUACAGUUUUCAACCGAGAGUUCUAAGUGUAUGUCAAAUAAAUCAAACUGCUGUGAUCAUAUGUAUUUAAUUUGAUUUUAUCUUGUCUGUCUUCGAUGACAAUUCAUAAACACAGAUCUAUGUUUGCCAGAAAAGUACAUGUAACUGUCUGAGGGAGAAGUGGGUUCUCCAGAGACAGUUAGUUUGUGUGAACGGUAAAUAGUGUUUUUUUAGGUUCAAGGAAAAAAAGAAUUCAACCAACGAAUGUGGUCAGGAUUUUCACAGUCAAACCCUUUUUUAUAAGUGUGUGCCAAUGUUUUACAGUGCACCUGGUAAAAGUGGGCUAGUAUGAGAGCUAUGCACGCGUUAGUGAAUGGACGUUGUUGGCGAAGGGGACAAAAAACUAUGUAAAUUGGGUAACAAGCAUUCCUUUAGUCGCACCCAUGGCAAUGAUAGUCUUGAUGUCACCACCACAGGACACACACAUAGAACACAGUUUAUUUAUUGUAAACUCACAGUUUCACAUAUACCUAAACACAGUAGUGCGACAUUUUAGAUCUUCCAUGUAACAGUCUCUUUUGUGUGUUUUCUGUAACUUUCUGUAACUGAUUAAUAAAACAUACAAAUUAAUAAUAAGCCUC